AUGGCUCGUCCGACAAAGAGGGCUCAGCCGACGACGACGGUCAAUCCUACCCAGGCAAUCGGCAGAUUCGGUCGCGUAUCCAAGGGCAACCGAAUCACCCCCAACCAAGGCAAGAAGGCGGCAACGACAUCACCCUCCGUCGCCGCCGCCGCUUCUCCUGCCGCGACACGCAAGCGCAAGAUCCAGGACGACGGCAGCCCCAUCACGCCUCGGACCGUGUCGUUCCCCCCCAACGACGACGACCGGGUUGCCGCCGCACCCACCUCCUCGAAGCGGGCCUGCCGCCGCACCAGGAAGCCGUCGCUCCCGGCCGUCGAGAAGCCCGUGGCUGUCUCCCCCCCGAAGAAGCCGUCCGCCACCGCCAGGAGGGGGAAGGUCACGGCCGGGGGUGGUGCCCCUGCGCCGUCCCGACGAGCAGAGCCAGCGCACGAGGCCUCGGAGGGCGCGCUGCUCGCCAAGUCCGGGCGGACCGUCCAGACGAGGAUCGACGACGCCUUCAACAGGGCGGCCAUAAAGGCCCCGACGGCAGGACCAGGCGAGAAUGGCCUCCCCCCGCACCUGGCCGACCUGGUCGACCUGCACAGGGCUUUCGUCAAGUCCAUGACCAUCCAGAUGGCACACAGCGGCAGCAACAUCCCCGUCGACGUGCGCUCUCUCGCACCAAACAUCUCGCUCGCCUGGGGCAAGCGCCAGGUCACGAUUGACGACAUCAGGCGGUGCGUGGCCCUGCAGGCAUCUGCGGCGGCCAGGUCGCCCUUCCUCGUGACCGACUACGGCCGCGGCAAGGUGUGCGUCGAGCUGAAUGCCGACGCCUCCCCCUCGGUCGACGAGGACGGCCUGUGCCGGCAGUUCGAGGACGGCCUGCGACGGGUGUGCGCCGACCGCGCCCGCGACGACGGCGACGCGAUGACGGACGGUGACGACGUCGGCGUCUCCCUCGACGCCCUCUCGCUCGCCGACCUGCCCCGGGCCGACAUCGCCAACCGCGACCUCGGCCUGGGCGCCAACCCGAUCCUGGCCAGGGGGCAGCGCGCCCUGACGGAGCUGCACAACGACGUCGUGGCCCGUCAGCAGGACCGCGACGCCCGGAAGCAGGCCGCGCCCAUGCUGAACCGCGACGGCAGCAGGAUGAGCCUGCUCGACCGUCUCCGCCACAGGCAGCUCGCCCGGGACAGCGCCCGGCUGCCCCCCUCGGGCCCCGAGCUCGAGCGCCGCGCCGCGCUCAGCCGCGUCGCCGACGUGUCGUCGACAAUCUCGAUGCUCAGCCUGUCCAAGCCGGCCUCCCUGCCUCGCCAGGCCUUUCCGAUGGCCGCGGUGCUCGACCGUCUGAGGGAUUCGCUGAGGGUGCCCGUCUCCAGGGAGGAGGCGGCAGCGUGCGUCCGCGUCAUCGCAUCCGAGGUGGCACCCGAGUGGCUCCGCGUCGUGUCGCUGGGCGGCAGGGAGAAUGUGGUUAUCCAGAGGAAUAUGCAGCCUGUUGAUAGGGUGUUGCGUGAGCGUGUUGACAAGCUGUCGGUGUAG